CCCAGAGCCGCAGAGCGACCGGGCGGUGCUUUCUUUCUUUAAGGAACCAGACCGGCACCAGCACGGCUCCCCUUGCUCUGCUUUGCUUUGGCUUCCCUUCCCACACAAGACACGGAUCCUUGUCUCUGCUACUCACUUCCCCAUUCUUUCUCCCCCCUGCGAGCAGUAGCAGAGUGGAGCUUGUUACCGUGCGGUGGAGGUGAAGCCAGCCAGUGCGGCGAGAGCGGCGGGCGGCGGCGGCGGCGGAGAUGAGCGUGACCAAGUUCAUCAAGUGCGUCACGGUGGGCGACGGCGCCGUCGGCAAGACAUGCAUGCUCAUCUGCUACACCAGCAACAGGUUCCCCAGUGACUACAUCCCCACCGUGUUCGACAACUUCAGCGCCAACGUCUCCGUCGACGGCAACAUCGUCAACCUCGGCCUAUGGGACACCGCCGGGCAGGAGGACUACAGCCGGCUCAGGCCGCUGAGCUACAGAGGCGCCGACAUCUUCGUGCUGGCCUUCUCCCUCAUCAGCAGUGCAAGCUACGAGAAUGUUCUCAAGAAGUGGAUGCCUGAGCUCCGCCGGUUCGCGCCCAAUGUCCCCAUUGUUCUUGUUGGGACCAAGCUAGAUCUGCGUGACCACAGAGCCUACCUGGCCGACCAUCCUGGCGCCUCAGCAAUCACGACUGCACAGGGCGAAGAACUCAGGAAGCAGAUCGGCGCCGCGGCUUACAUCGAGUGCAGCUCCAAGACACAGCAGAACGUCAAGGCUGUCUUUGACACCGCCAUCAAGGUGGUCCUUCAACCCCCAAGGAGGAGGGAGGUGAUGGCGGCCAGGAAGAAGACUAGGCGAAGCUCUGGAUGCUCCAUCAAGCACUUGAUGUGUGGUGGUACGUGUGUUGCUUAGCCAAAUAGCAACCCUGGACACCUGGACUGACGCUGGAGAUGAAGCAUGGUGUAGUAGCAAGUGAAUUUGCUUGACAUAGCAUGGUUUCUGCCUGGUGCUUCUGUCCUAUUUAGCUACUAGUAUGUUGCAUGUUUUUGGUUUCUAUUUCUAGAGCAUCAAGCUCUGGGAUCGACUUAUCGGAUUGGUGUAAUGUUAUGUAACAAGGUUGUGAAGCUAGAUACAAGCACCCUGGACUGACGCUGGAAAUGAAGCAUGGCUAGUUGCAAGUGAA